AUGGAAGAAGACAACGAAGAAGACAGCCAAGGUGACGAGACAACGGGGGCACAUGUGUGUGGCCCGAGUGAGCGCGGCCCGAGCUCGCCGUCGUUGGGAAGCGCGAUGCCUCGGGCCCACGAAGAAAAGAGACGAUGCGCUCGCGGGCAGGCCGUAGGACUAGUCAAGCCAAUUAUUGCGCCCGCCAAAAGCACCUAA